UUUGUUGUUGCCGAUGUGGUGACAUGCGAUACAGGCACGGCCGCCAAGCGUGUGGCCUCCCUGGAAAACGCAUUCGCAUUGCUCGCAGGGGGCCUCCGUGCCUAUGCUCCCGCCCGCGCGCAGCACCUCCCUGCCCGCCCUUGCGGCUUUGGUCGGUUGUUCGGUCGCCUGGAUGCUAUCGGGCCUGGUUGGAUGGGGCCGGCGGCAGCGCCGGCGCCUGCCUAUAGCUGGCUCCCAUCGUGAUAAAAAGAGGUGGCGCACAGGUCGGCGGGGCCCUGGAGUGCGGCGCAAGCUCUGCGCUGUCUCGGAUCGUGCCCCGGACCAAGUAGGCGAGGGCGAGGCCCUGCGCACCAAUUCACAAUGGAGGCCGAAAGGGAGGCCGCUGAUUCAUUGAAGAGGGCGCGGCCAGAGCGGGCCCCUCCGUUCCGUAUCGACGACACACUUGCCGCCGCCAAGGUGCGCGCCUCCAUCCGCCGGCCGGUGGGCCUCGUGUCGUACGCCCUUGCUUGGAUUUUCUUCGUGUGGGGUUGGUGUGCCCCGCGGCUUGUUUGGUUGUCGUGCUCGCUAUUUUGCGUGGGAGGAAGGGGGGGGCGAGGGUGUGCCCUCUCGGGUAUUUCCAUCCCGCCCCCCCCUCAAAGUGCCCCGCAUUCCUUGGUGACCAAGAAGCGCAGCUAUGUUCUGUUGGUUCUUGGCCCCGCCCGUCUUCAUCGGCGCAAGAUGUUGCCGCCCUUGCAAGGAAGUAAAUAUGCAGGCCCAUGGGGGAAUGUCUGUGGC